AUGUCGCGAGUGACCUUUACUACAGACAGGCAGGCUCACCCGCCGCGAGACUCCCUGGAGCUUGCCUCACUCGCCUCGUCCUCGUCGCCCGACUCUGCUGGGCGAUCCUCAAUCGAGUCAUCUCGCUCCGGCAUCUCCUCGUCGCGAAAACUCUCGCUAGAAGCAGACGACCCUCUGUCUGACCAUAAUGCCUUGGAGUCGAGCCAAACGCGACAUGCCCGAUCUUAUUCUGUCACGUCCGCCUUUGAUUUUGGCAGUAACCUGUUCCCCCUUUCGCAAACCGCUGGCGGUUACGCGCCCCUCGGCGCCCCAUCCGUGACGUCUCUGGAUCGCUAUACUGGGCUUCGGGAUGGCUCCUUGGAGAAACACAAAUCGCUGACAUACUUGAAUGGGCUCUCGCUCAUCGUUGGCCUCAUUAUUGGCUCUGGAAUAUUUUCGUCUCCUAGUCAGGUCAAUACGAAUGCUGGGUCACCCGGAGCAGCUCUCAUUGUGUGGGCUGUAGCCGGGUUAUUGGCGUGGACCGGAGCGGCCAGCUAUGCGGAACUCGGAGGAGCAAUUCCUCUGAACGGAGGACCGCAGGUUUACUUGUCCAAGAUCUUUGGAGAGAUCGCCGGAUUUCUCUUUGCCUGGUGUGCCGUCUUUGUACUCAAACCAGGCUCUGCGGCAAUCAUUGCCAUUAUUUUCGGCGAAUACGUUGUAAGGGCAUUUAUCGGGGCAGAAGUCGAGCAGAUCAGCCCCUGGAUUAACAAAGGCGUUGGGCUCGUCGGAGUCCUAGGAGUGACAUUGCUUAACUGUGCUUCAACGAAGCUAGGUACCUUUGUCGGGGACAUUUCCAUGUUUUUCAAAUUCAUCGCUUUGAUUGCCGUCACAGUCAUUGGUAUUGUUGUCGCCAUCACGGGGCUGUCCUCCAAAGGACAAGCCAGUCAAGACUGGAAGAACAUGAGUUGGUUUGAGGGAACAAGCACGGACAUUUCUGGCUGGGCUGUUGCUUUAUAUGCCGGACUAUGGGCGUUUGACGGAUGGGACAACACAAACUAUGUCACGGGCGAGUUCAAAAACCCGCGUCGAGAUUUGCCUCGCGCCAUCCACACGGCCAUGCCUGUGGUCAUUAUCUGUUAUAUGAUGGCUAAUGUCGCCUAUUUCUUCGUUCUUCCGGUGGCGACGAUCGCCAAGAGCAACACAAUCGCAGUCCAGUUUGGAUCCCAAGUCUUUGGUAAAGUCGGGGCUCUCAUUCUAGCCUUGGUCGUCUCUGGGAGCUGCCUGGGAGCCCUAAACGCCACGGUGUUCACGAGCGGACGCCUGGUCUAUGCAGCUGGAAAAGAAGGCUAUCUACCCGCCAUAUUUGGUAACAUUGGCUUUGGAAAGAAGGGCAGCAGCAUAACUGGAGGCCGGCUGCAGCGUCGGUCUCGAUUACAGCGAGCGCUGGUCCGCCUUUUUGGCGAUGCAGGAGGAAUCGGAUACACGCCCAUCAAUGCGAUGCUCUUCAACGCUAUCAUCACUUCGGCAUAUGUUGUCGUGGGGGAAUUCGGCACUUUGAUCACGUUUUAUGGUGUUGCUGGAUAUUCGUUUUACUUUUUGACCGUUCUCGGUCUAAUCGUGAUGAGGAUCCGCGAGCCUCACCUGGAGCGGCCAUACAAGACGUGGAUCACGACCCCGAUUAUCUUCUGCUGCGUCAGUCUGUUUCUUCUGAGCAGGGCUGUCAUUGCCGAACCUCUGCAGACGUUGAUCGUCGUUGCCUUUGUUGCUGCUGGUGUUCCUGCGUACUUUUGGCGCAUGUAUCAGCGAGACGGAACGAUUCAACUCCCAAACUGGAAGUUUUGGAAGCGACGCUGA